CGUGAGGAAGCACGUCCGCUGAAUCGUAAUAAGUAACGGACUCCGAGUAGUCCUGUCCGAGUCAGCGAGAGGGAUGUCCAUCUGUCAUUUGUGAGGCGGCGACGGAGAUCUCGAUUUGAAGCUCGGGAGAUUUUUGCGUUCGUCGCAGAGGCCACAUCUUCGCGUACUUCGUGAUUUGGAAUCUGCAGGAGCAGCGUGUCACAGAGAUCUCUUCGAGCGAUUGCAUUUUUCGGGUCGUGUGCAUGGCGGGGUCGUCGGCCUUCGACAGGCCCGGAGGAAGGUGCACCUGGUCACGUUCUCUCCCGGCAACGUCGUCUCGUGCACCUUCUUCCUCCAUUGGUAUUUGGCAGCAUUUGAGUCACUUGCUGCCUCGACCGCACCUCGUUCUUUAUGACCGUGGCCACGAGCUCGUGGUUCUUCUGCCGCGGGUUGACUCGUUCGUGCGUCACUCCAUGCGCCAGGGAAGGGGGCAGAUCGUUCAAACCCAUCAGGUGUUUGCAGGUAUAUCAUGGCAAUUUAUCGAGGGUAUUUGGCAUUGUUUCCAGCCUCGUGAAUCUCGCAUGGUGAUCCUGACUGCCGAUAUUUCAUCAUAUUGCCACUGCAUUCCGCCUCCAGUGUCAAAUUGAUACUAUUUCCUGUGUCAAGGAUUCAAUCAAUCAACAGUAAUUUUCAUGGUUUGACAUGCCCAUGAAUCAUUUGAUUACCUGCUCAUUGUUUGCCUUGUCGCCAUAUAUGCCCUCGGCAGGGCAUAAUUCAUCAUACGAGCUUUUUAAAAUGUCCUCGUAAUUCAUUCCUCUUUCUCAUUCUUAUGGUGAAACUCUGAGUCCCGUGGCUUGGUGCCAUGACCUCGGUGCAUUGCACUUUUUUACAAUGGUCCAAUUUUGUACAAAACUUAAGUAU